ACGGUCCAUCUCUUGUGCAACUUCAGUGCUCAGCGUGUCCUAACAUGAUGGAAGUUGUAGUACGCCACAGGUUGGGCUUGCUAAACUACAACUCUUAGCAUACCUGGACAGCGCAUGCUGAGAGUUGUAGUUGUGCAAAAGUUGGAGAUACACUGGUUGGGUAACACUAUGUAAACUGCGGUUCUCCAGGUGUUGUGCAACUAUAAUAACGCUUAGCCUGUCCUGACAUGAUGGAAGUUGUAGUACGCCACAGGUUGGGGACACCUCCAUUAGACGGGCUAUUAGGUCUCCUGCUAUUAGAAAGCUCAGCAGCAGGAGAACGAGGGGUUUAGCGCGAGGACACGGCGAAGCCCCAGCCUGCUGCCCGGCAACCCGCUCCGCUCCGUACACUCAUGUGCUCCCCACCAGCCUAGCUGCCUCCUCUAGAGCGGAGAGGGCGGAUCCGGGAACAAGACGCGCUCAUCCCACAGAGGGGUGUUCACACGGCGCGCGCUGCUCCCUCUGGACAUGGCUACGGGCGAGCAGUGUCUUCCUGCGCCGCCACCACUUCCCCAUUGUACUAUAUGGAGUGCGCGGAAUCCGUAGUGGAGCACAGCUUUGAAGUAAAGCUUUUACCUGCCGCCUAUAUUCCGCCCCCCACCCCUGGAUGCAGGUGGUAUCUCCCGGGGAGGCGGGGCCGGGGAGCAGCAGGAGAGCGGAGUGAGCGGCUGGAGGUGGAGGAGUAGCUGCCCGGAGACCAGUGCCAGGAAUUUCCCUCAAACAACGGACGACUCCCGGCUGCAGGUUCCCUUGUGGGUGCUCGUCGCCUGUCCAGAGACGUCUAUCAGCAGCCUGAAGGUGGCAUUGUGUGAUCCCAUGUAAGGAGCUGGCACCAGGAGGGAAGGUUCGCCACAGUUCACACUGCACAUCUGCUUGGCAUUUCUUCUAGAGCAGACAGUGUUCCCAAACUCUCAGUACAGGGGAGCCCUGGGGUUACAGCACCAUAGCUGGGGAGAUGCCUUCCUCUCAUGUACCCUCUUCAUUGGGGCUCUGGAGGAGGGGGCCCCGACUAGGUGCUGAUGGCAGAAAUCUGAAGGGGUCCCUACUGCUAGUCCUAGUGCUUGUGCAUGUCCUGGGCAGUGUAUGGUCUCAGUCCGAACAACAGACUCUCUGCCCGGCCUCUUGUGAAUGUUCAGAUCUAGCCCGGACUGUGAAAUGUGUGAACAAGGAUCUAAAAGAGGUGCCCCGGAACCUUCCAUCCUACGUGAAGAAUCUUUUCAUCACAUACAACCACAUCUAUAGUUUACACGAGGCGUCCUUCCACGAAGUCUUGACUAACCUUAGCAAUCUUGGCCUCAGUAGUAACCACCUCCAGGAACUGGGCAGGAAUACCUUCAGAAACCUUCCAGGGCUAAAGCAUCUGGAUCUCAGUAACAAUAAGUUGGCUAAUAUCAGUGACUUGUCCUUCCAAGUUGGUGGUGACCUUAGCAGUCCGCUACUGGAGCUGAACCUCCGAAACUCUCUUUACAAUGAGUCCAUGAUCUUCUUUGUGGCAGGGGCCCUACAGAAUGGAUCCCUAAGUAAUCUUCAGAAGCUAGACCUGAGUGGGAACAAUCUCCUGUACUUACCCACAGGCAUGUUCAACUCCCUGCCCAGCCUGAAAGACCUCGACCUGAGCAACAAUUCCCUGGUCAGCCUCCGAUCUGGGAUUUUCACCAAUCUUGACAGCCUUGAGACUUUGGAUCUGAGAAAUAACUCUUUAAAAAACAUAAAAAACACAACACUUUUAGAUUUUUCCAGCCAACCUGGUUUGUCCGUGUUCCUCGGUGACAACAGCUGGGUCUGUCACUGUGAUAUCGAACCCUUCGUCAUUUGGCUCAAGGACACGACCAUUGUGAAGGAUUCCUCCAGCUUGCGUUGCUCCGAACCAGAAAAGAUGAGUAACAUUUCAUUGCUUUCUAUCAAAGUCUCUGAGCUGGAGUGCCCCCCGUAUGUAAAUGACAACAGCUUACAGACCUCCUAUGUCUUUCUGGGUAUAGUGCUAGCCCUCAUAGGAGUGAUCUUUCUGCUGGUCUUGUAUCUGAACAGGAAAGGUAUUAAAAAGUGGAUCUACAACAUCAGAGAUGCAUGCAGAGAUCACAUGGAGGGUUAUCACUAUAGAUACGAGAUCAAUGCAGAUCCCAGGCUGACAAACUUGAGCACAAACUCAGAUGUAUAAAGAUAAUUUUUGUGGACAAGAGCAACACUUUAUCUAUGCAUGAACUUAAUGUACAGAUAAUGCAUUUAACCCUGAGCUUGCUCUCCUCACUCCCUGCUGGAGAACUAGACCACAAGAAAAUAGCGUCUCCUCGCAGGGCUUCUGAAUGCCUCCAUCUGACUGUGAAUUUAUUGCUGCAUUAUAAUUUGUACUGUACAGUCUGAACUUCGCAUGCUAAACAUCCAUACUGAGCAGACUUGUUGUUUUACUGCUCAUAGGAAUUUGCUCCUGGAAAAACUGUACGAGACAGUAGCAGAGCAGCAACAAUACUUUGCUUUAUCUUUUCCAUUCUUUGGGUUUUCAGUUAGUACCACCCAUUGCCCAAUCCAGCUACCAGUCAACGACAACUGCCUCAAGAUUUGUUUCUUUUCAUUUUUUUUUAUAACUCUUUGUGAACUAUUGAGUUGUGAGAAUGCUUCCAAAGUUGCAAUUUUUUGCAUGUACAACAUGAGGACAAGCAUGUGCGCCUUUUUUUUUUAACUACUUGACAUCCUGUAUUGGAAAGCAUCGACAGUAAUACUUUUGCACUGUUUUUAUAAGGUAUACGCAGUUUAUAUCCGAUCAGAAUUUCUAUAAACUGCGUCUGAUUUUAAUAACUCCGACUCAAUAAAGAAUAUGUUAAAAUAAUCCGUGUGUGGAUGUUUUCUGCCCAAAGAUCUACUUAUUCCAUCUACUUAGUGGGAAGCAAGUGACAGGGAUGCAAUGGAAAUGUUUGAUUUCUUUUAUCCCAUGCCUUAUAUAGAGGAGGAGGAUGACAUGCUAAAAGUGUUUCUUUUAGUAGUAACUAGAAUAACAAUAUAUGUACAGUAUAUACAAUGAAUGGAGUCUGCAAUAAGUCUGUAUAAAAUACAUUUUGUCUAUUUUUUAUGAUACCGAUCUAUGCUAAACCAUGAUUUUUGCAUUGACCUGUAAACUGAAAUAAAGCAUAAUAAUAAUAAUAAAAUGGAAGUAUGUACUAGCAAUAGGGUGAACCAUGCCAAGUAUGGCUUUAACAGUCAGUUAACCCUUUUCUGUUCAUCUGUGUGCAAAUGCUUUUCCGGCAGUAUUAAGCAGUGGUGUUAUCUGGUUUGCAUGUGAAUAUUGGAUUUUAUACAAUGCAUGUGUUUCUGUCUUAACCAGUUCCUAUCAGAAGGGUUUGCAAUACAGUUCACCCAGUGGCCUGCUCAAAUGGUUUAGAUAUUUUAAGCCACUUCUUUCAUUGUUUGGGCCUGUAAAGUUUAUAAUGAUGUCUGUGACUUUGCCAAGGACAGUUGGAUGUUUAUAGUUUCUGAAGUUUGCCAAUACAUAAACCAGAUUUUAAAGUGAAUCGAAUUAAAUGUCAUUUAAAAAAAAUGUGCUUGUCUCUUACUGUGCAGCUGUGGACACACGGUUCAAUUGUUCGAGCUUCAUACAUAAUAAUGGAAUAAUGCGUCUUUGAAUGAAAAUGUAAAUACUAACCUAAGAUGUUGGCAUCACACAUCAACAUAUAAAUAGUGUCUUAAUCUGUAUCCCCGUAGGUUGAAGCUGUUCUUGGACAAGUCAACCAGAGUUAGUAAUUACCUUUCCAAUGUAACAAAAGAAUGUAAUCUCCGCAGUUUUCCUGCCUGCCCUGAAGUAUUAAUCCUACCUGCAUUCAGGGCAGUCAAGAAUCUCUACCCUGAAUGUACGGUAUAUGUGCGUAUGCUGUGCCGGAACUUUUUAGUCUUGCAGUCCUUCAUGUGGACCACCUCGUGGGAGCAAUGCUGUUUGCUCCUGAUUUUCCUUUUCUCUUUUAUUGCACUAGGAAUAACAUCAUGUCAUGCUGUAACUCUGUUGGGCUUUGUGAUAAAUAAACUUUACAACUUAUG